AUGGCGCCCACCCAAACGGUGCACCACCACCGCAACACCACCAAGGUUACCCAAAAGCCUUUCAAGACCAAGCAUGCGUCUAAAAGUGCUCUGAAGGAUCAGGCCAAGGGCAAAAUCGAGUCGGAGCGGGGCACUCGCAAAACCCCCCACCAACAGCUCAAGUCGAAACUCGAUCGCCGCAACCAGGCCCGCCAGAGACAACAAUUGAAGCAUCAGCAGAGGAUCCAGGAGACUAGCAUCUUCACUGGCCAAAAUGGAGCGCCCCGCCACGUCGCUAUCGUCCCGCUGUCCGUCGAUAUCGAUAUCCCCGCCACGAUCCAAGCUUUGAACGAGAGUGUAGACGUCUCUUGCGCUGUUUCUAUCGAUGGACCUACCCGUGUGCGAGUUGAUAGGUUCCGUCAGAGCUUGCUCUAUAUCCCGGCCAAGUAUGACCUGAUGAAUGCUCUGGAUGUGUGCCGCAUGGCCGACUUUGUGGUCCUGGUAGUAUCGUCAGAGAUGGAAGUGGAGGAAGAGGGCGAGCUGCUCUUGCGAUCAAUUGAGAGCCAGGGUAUCUCCAACGUUAUCACAGUUGUUCAGGGUCUUGACAAGGUGAACCCAGCCAAGAAGCGCCCGCAAGUGGCUUCUUCGCUUAAGUCUUUCGUCAACCAUUUCUUCCCGGCUGUGGAGAAGGUCAUGUCGCUCGAUUCGCGACAAGAAUGCUCUAAUGCGAUCCGGUCUCUUUGCACAGCGACCCCUAAGGGAAUCCGCUGGCGUGAUGAGCGUAGCUGGAUGCUCGUUGAGAGCGUGCAGUGGCCGGAGGCCGAUGCUGAAGUGGUUGAUAACGUUGUCAUCACCGGUAUCGUUCGUGGAAAGGGUCUGAAGGCCGACAGAAUUGCACAUAUCCCAGGCUGGGGUGACUUCCAGAUCGGUUCGAUCACAUCAGCUCCUUUGCCCACCAAGGGCAAGCGUGACGAUGCGAUGAACGUGGACACCGACGAAUCCAACCAGGUCCUUGACGGCCCCAGCGCGGACCAGGACGACAUGGCCACUAUUGCCCCGGAGGAGAUUGAAAUGGAGGAUGACGACAUGGUUUCGAUGGCCGACACAGAGAAGAAGGGUGUCCUUCUCGACGACCACCACUACUUCUCGGACGAUGACUCUCACAUUCCCCCGACGCCCAAGCGUUUGCCCAAGGGUACCUCAACAUACCAGUCCGCUUGGUAUCUCGAGGACGUUUCGGACUCCGGAUCUGAUCUGGAGGAUGAGGAUGAUCAGGAUAUGGAAAUGGACACCGCCGGCGCGCCUGAAGACGGUGUUUUCCCCGACAACCACGACGCUAUGACGGAAGGCGGCCCCUCCGAGUACCCUCAGUCAGAGAUGUUCCUUGACCCGUCACCCGAGGACGAGGCUCAGGAGCUAGCGGAUUACCGCGCUAGCCGCAAAACCGAGGCCGAGGAGGACCUUGAAUUCCCCGACGAAAUCGAAUUGCACCCUAACGCUCUUGCGAGAGAACGUCUUGCUCGUUUCCGUGGCUUGAAGAACAUGAAGAUCAGUCCCUGGGAGACAUCCGAGGACCGACCCUUCGAGCCUGAGGACUGGCGGCGGUUGUUGCAGUUCGGUGACUACAAGAGUAUCAAGAACCGUGUCGUUCGUGAAGCCCUUGUCGGUGGUGUUAACCCGGGUAUUCGUGUGGACAUCCACCUUCGCGCGGUGCCAUCCGCACUCCGCCACAAGGCCCAGCCGCUCUCCCUAUUCUCUCUCUUGCGCCACGAGCACAAGAACACCGUGGUCAACGUCAACAUGACCCUGAAUGGCAGCGUCGAGAAGCCGCUCAAAGCCAAGGAGGAGCUCGUUGUGCAGUGCGGAGCCCGCCGCAUGGUGGUCAAGCCUGUCUUCUCCGCCGCUGACAACACCCCCAACAACGUGCACAAGUUCGACCGUUACUUGCACCCAGGCCGCAGCGCUAUCGCCACAUGGAUUGGACCCAUGACCUGGGGCGCCGUCCCUAUCCUUGUCUUCAGAAACAAACAAGCUGAAGAGGACCCUGAGAUCCUCGACUCCGCGGACACCAAGCAGGAGCAGGAGCCUCUAGAUAUGAACCGCCUGGAGCUGAUCGGUACCGGCACUGUAGUUGCACCGGACCCCAAGCGUGUCAUUGCCAAGCGUGCCAUCCUCACGGGUCACCCAUACAAAAUCCACAAGAAGGUCGUCACCAUCCGGUAUAUGUUCUUCAACCAAGAGGAUGUCGCCUGGUUCAAGGCUCUGCAGCUUUGGACUCGCCGUGGCCGCAGCGGUUACAUCAAGGAGAGUCUUGGUACCCACGGUUACUUCAAGGCUACCUUCGACGCAAAGAUCAACCCCCAGGAUUCGGUUGGCAUCAGUUUGUACAAGCGUGUCUUCCCUCGCCCGGCAAUUGCUCUGGAGGCUUACGGCGCAUAA